AUGAUGGCCAGUCGCCUUAUCAUCGAGUUUUCUCCCGCCAUCCACCUCUGGCCUACAUUCGCACUCUUGGCUGCACUGCCUUCGUCCAUCCAUUUUGUGGGCCUACCCGAUGACCGCAAAGGCUACAAGCUCCUCAAUGCCUACUCCCACCAGCUCAUCUACUCGCGUGACGUCGAUUUCCACGAAGAUGAAUUCCCCCCAUCAACCCCACCCAAGCCGCAGCCGCAUUUUGACUUCGUGUCCGUGACGCAUCCGACAUUCCAUCCAUUAACCCUCAUAAACAUCUGUCGUCUCUAUCUUCCCGCCUCGUCCCGGCCAUUCACCCCCACUUCAUUCAUCUUCUCCACCGCCAACCACCGAACAACUACGCAUCAAGCUCAAGCUGACGGCUUUAACUACGCCGAAUGGGCCGACCACAUCGAACAGAAGAUCUCCCAGCAAAAGCUCCGCAAGUACUUGACGUCGAGCACCCGUUUCGAGCAUUACGAUGAAGACGACGACUACGUGGCCAAGUCGUACAUAAAUUUGUCAGUCCACCGGAAAAACCUCAAGUACUUCAAGGAGACUGACCUCGAGAAGGCACACCCCUCGACCAUCCACACGAACCUCGCCAGGCACCGCCUCAAGGAUGUCCACGAGAAGACCACGAUUGUCAACAAUAUGCUGCUCCGUCGCGAGCUCUGGUCCCUAUCAUGGAAGCCCCAUGAGACGUAUGCCACAUUUGUCGACUGGAUCCUGGAGCGCAUCACCAAGCAAGACCCCGAAUACUGCUCUCUCAUCGGCGUGAUCAAGUCCGUCGAGAUCGGGUGGUCUUUCAUGGCAUUACAUGGACAUCAAGGUCGGUCCAAGCGCCUCGAUCCAAGCCACUACCUCCAACAACUUGUACGAAUUCGAUGCGAGGGUUCUGCUUCCGUCACUGCCGAUGUCGAGUCAGCGUAUUUGGUGGCCAACGAAGCACCUUCGAUCUGGCACGCGCGGCUCGGGUAUCCUCCCCCGGCGCCAACCCAGGCCAUCCUCAAGGCCACAAACGGCGGUCCCUCGAAACUACCAUCUCCAGACAGCUGUGAUGGCUGUGUCUGUGGCGAAAUGCCGGAAAUUGCUCAUCCACGCUACGGUGAACGUGGGUCCAAGCCCCUUGGAACUAACAUCCAUGCGAAGGCCUGGGGUCCCUCGCCGGUGUAG